GGGUGAGAGCGGAAGUGAACUUUUUCUGACCUUUACAGUAAAACAAGUUCUUCUCAAACUGAUAAUGAGUUGAAAUUUAACACACUGAGUCAUGUAGAAAACUUGUAACCGGCUCUGCUUACGGACAGCUCCACUUGGCUAGCAGUAAGACCUCGAAACUCCAAGCAGAGGCGACUGCUGGACGUUUAUUUUGAUAGUAAUAACCGGAAAUCGUACUGUUGCGUACAUGAGCGGGUUAAGAUCCGUUAAGGGGAAUCGGUAACACGAGCAAAGACGGGCACGAGUAGGGGUAACGACCUGAUGACAGCUGAGUUAUAGUCCUCCUAACCGCCGUUGGAAGAAACCUGCUGCGCUUCAGGGUCCAGGCAUGGCAUCUUGGAUAGUUCAGAUCACUGUGAUGGUGUUAUCUGCCUUCAUACAUGGUACCCAGAGUAGGAGAGAUGCGGCGCUUUACUGUUCUGCAUGCGAGGCAAUAGUGGAUGAGUUAACCCACUCAAUCAGUCAAGUUGACCCAAAGAAGACCAUCAGUGUUGGUGGUUUUUCACUCAGCCCUGAUGGAACUAUGCAGGAUAAAAAGGUCCCAUUUGCUCGCUCAGAAACUCACCUCAGUGAGCUUCUGGAUGAGGUGUGCAGCAGCAUGAGUGACUACGCCCUCUACCAGGACCCAGACACCCAGAACAAGCGCUACAAGAGGUUUGCUCCCAGGGACAGCGGGGAUUCAAGCAACUUCCCAGACUUGAAAAACUUUCAGUUUGAUGGACCUGAGGCAUCCAACUCCCUGAAAUUUGCAUGUGAAACACUGGUGGAGGAGCUGGAGGAGGACAUAAUCCCUCUGUUCAGCCGGGGUGGAGUAAAUGUGCAUGAGGUGUUGUGCAGCGAUUAUUGCAAAGAUGGCCGCCACACCAAUGAGGAGCUGUAGUGAUUUAGGACCUCAGUGGGACUCGUGUUGCAGAGACCUUCAGCACGUCUGAGAAAAAGCACUUUUGUCGAGCAGAAACAAUUUUUUAAACAAAUAAAAAGAAUGCAUCUUGAAAAACA